UUUUUCUUUGCAGCCACAGCAGAUGUUUAUAGGAAUGAGGGUAAUGAGGCCUUCAAGAAAGGAGAUUUCAUCAAUGCUAUUCAUUUUUACACCAAAGGAAUUAAAAUGAACUGCAAUGAGAAAGAACUGAAAGCCAAACUGCACAACAACAGGGCUAUUGCACAUUCUAAACUUGGUAAGAUGAUGAGAGCUUUAAUAGGCAUUUUUUUUCUCUUUUGAAGCUAAUGGGCUGUCAACAGUAGUUUUCUGAAAAAAGAGAUAAUUUUGAAUGCAUGCCCGGAAAAAUUAAGAUACAUCUCAACUUGGCCUCUCAAAUAUACAAAGAAGUAACCUCUUACCCAAAUAUCAACAAGCAUCACAAGUUCUUCCCAAAAUUAUAGUAAUGGUAGUUGGUUUGCAACAUGUAUGGCUAAUCAGAGAUAUUUAUUUCAAUAACAGGAAAUCACCAGGAUUCACUAAGGGAUGCAGAAGCAGCCAUUGAGUUAAAUCCAACUUUCCUUAAGGCAAUUGUGAGAGGUUAGAUAUGUUAGCUGUGCUAUAAUAAUAAUAUUAAUAAUAAUAAAAAUAAUAAUAAUAAUAAUAAUAAAAGAACUCAACACUCUAAGGUUGAAUGAGGUUAAAUGAAAUUCAAUCUUGUCUCAAUUGACUUUAAUUAAGAGGUGGAGACCACCUUGGUGUACAUUUAAAUCCAGCUCUUGACUGUUAUGCCAUUUAACUUUCCAUUAAUUUAAUGAUGAGAAUAUUAUUUUGAGCGGGAUGAAGAACUCAAUAUGAAAGCAAAAUUUUGGCAAGAAUAUUUUAGUUCCUUAAGUUCAAUGAGUCACAGGUUUCAGUUAUGUUAAGUCACUAUCUAGCUCUUUUAAAAAAAGAAGUAAGGAUCAAGACUUACCUAACUCGUGAUUUUGUGGGAAUUGUUGGUCCCAAUUUAAUAAAUGUUCUUAGAAGUUUCAGUUGUCUUAAAAGCUAAAUAAAUCUAACUGAAACCUAAUAGGGCCUGUUUAUUCUUUUCCACUUGGUUUCUUUGUUUUGUUUUGUCUUUUUUUUCUUCUAGUCUGUAAUGAUUUCAAUGGUUUCAGGUUUUUUUCUCAGAAUUGAGCUAUGAUACAACUAUAAUUUAGCUUUUUUGUGUUGUUACCUACAGGAGCCACUGCUUGUGUUGAAUUGAAGAGAUUUGAAGAAGCAAUCACUUGGUGUGAUAAGGGACUAGCUGUAUCCUUUGAAGAAAUCUUUCAUUUUUAACCAUGGGUAUAAUGGAAAUAGUUUCCAUAAUUUGAUGUUUUAAGGGAGAAAAUACAAAGAAUUAAUUAUGAUGGGAACUUGUCAGUUCAUACUAUAAGUGUGUGUGAUUAAAAAACGUGGGAAAAGCUAUUACCUCAUGAAUUAUUAAUGAUAUUACUCCUUUUAGCCAAUUUGACUUAGUUAUGCUAUCCAUGCCAAUAACUGUUACAUUAGUUUAGAUAACCCUUUAAUUCAUAGACCAAGUUUGUAAUUAUCCUUACUGUUAACCGUACAAUUUUUGUAAUGUUAGUUCAGAGAAUUCGGUAUUGGAUCAACUAAUUAUCCCCAAAUUGAUAUUUUUUUUGCUCUCAACACUUAUCUGAUUGAUAUUGUAUUGCUAUUGUAAGGAGAAAUUCUCUCUUGGUCACUCAUGGGAGUUAAAGGGUUAAAAGACUAAUAUUCAUCCAGUUUAUACAUGGUACAUAUCUUAUGCAGAUUUUCUUGCCUUCGACCUUUUUCCACUACUUAGAGACUCGGAAACUUUCGUUGUGCUUUCCUAUGGACAAAUAAAAAUUUUAAAGACACAUAUUUGUGUUGUAGACUCAUUUCUUCCACUGCUGUAAAACAUUCAUCUGAUGUUAAAGCUAUAUUAAUUUAAAAAUUGAGCAAGUGCUGCCGAGUUUUUUGGAAACAAGGGAUUAAAUCUAGAUAUUUCGUGUUAAAUUUUGAGGCUGCACACAGAAGAAAAAUUUUUUGAAAUGUAGAUUAACUUCAUAACUGACUUUAAGACUGAAUGUUGAUAAAACAUCUACCUUUCAUGCAAUCCCUCCUAAUAAGCCAUUUUUUAGUUGUGUACUUAGUUUCCAAGCCUUUGAUUUGGAGUGAAGCUGAAGGUUACCUUAUUGUGAUAGACCAGUAUCUAGUGACGAUAAUAACAAAGUAGUUUGCAUUUAAAAAGCAGCAAUGUUUUUAUCAUAACAAGGUCACCCUUACCUAUCGCUCUUGUUCAGAGGCUUGGAAACCAAGCACGCAAAUGUUAAAAUGGACUAUAUAUUACAUAUCAAUAUGAUCAGAAACAUUAUCCUUUUUUUUUCUACAUUUUUUAACCUUAACAUAAAAAAGAUUGACAAAAACAAUAGGAUCUUGUUGUCAUUAAGACUUCAGUCUGUCAGUGAAGUGGGAGAUGAGUCCAUGGAGCAGAAAGAUCCUAUUAGUCAUGACCAUCGUAGUGAAAGUUCAGGUGAUGUCAAGAAAGUCAUAGACCUCUCUAAUCGAGAAGAAAAACCCAUAGAGUACCUCAACCCAUAUCUUAAAAUAGCUAAAGAAGUAGGAGACAAGCAUGGGGAGGGUGUUGCUUAUGGCAAUCUUGGCAAUGCUUAUUUUAGACUGGGUGAUUUCAAAAAAGCCAUAGAGUACCACAACCUACAUCUUAAAAUAGCUAAAGAAGAAGGAGACAAGCAUGGGGAGGGUAACGCUUAUGGCAAUCUUGGCAAUGCUUAUGGCCGUCUGGGUGAUUUCAAAAAAUCCUUUGAGUACCACAACCUACAUCUUAAAAUAGCUAAAGAAAAAGGAGACAAGCAUGGGGAGGGUGUUGCUUAUGGCAAUCUUGGCAAUGCUUAUGACAGUCUGGGUGAUUUCAAAAAAGCCAUAGAGUACCACAACCUACAUCUUAAAAUAGCUAAAGAGGUAGGAGACAAGCUUGGGGAGGGUAACGCUUAUGGCCAUCUUGGCAAUGCUAAUUUUAGUCAGGGUGAUUUCGAAAAAGCCAAAGAGUACCACAACCUACAUCUUAAAAUAGCUAAAGAAGUAGAAGACAAGCAUGGGGAGGGUGGUGCUUAUGGCAAUCUUGGCAAUGCUUAUCACGGUCUGGGUGAUUUCAAUAAAGCCAUAGAGUACCACAACCUAGAUCUUAAAAUAGCUAAAGAAGUAGGAGACAAGCAUGGGAAGGGUAACGCUUAUGGCAAUCUUGGCAAUGCUUAUUUUAGUAUGGGUAAUUUCAAAAAAUCCAUUGAGUACCACAACCUACAUCUUAAAAUAGCUAAAGAAGUAGGAGACAAGCAUGGGGAGGGUGUUGCUUAUGGCAAUCUUGGCAAUGCUUAUGAAAGUCUGGGUGAUUUCAAAAAAGCCAUAGAGUACCACAACCUACAUCUCAAAAUAGAUAAAGAAGUAGGAGACAAGCAAGGGGAGGGUAACGCUUAUGGCAAUCUUGGCAAUGCUUAUUUUAGACUGGGUGAUUUCAAAAAAGCCAUAGAGUACCACAACCUACAUCUUAAAAUAGCUAAAGAAGUAGAAGACAAGCAUGGGGAGGGUGUUGCUUAUGGCAAUCUUGGCAAUGCUCAUCACGGUCUGGGUGAGUUCCAAAAAGCCAUAGAGUACCACAACCUAGAUAUUAAAAUAGCUAAAGAGGUAGGAGACAAGCAUGGGGAGGGUGUUGCUUAUGGCAAUCUUGGCAAUGCUUAUGACAGUCUGGGUGAUUUCAAAAAAGCCAUAGAGUACCACAACCUACAUCUUAAAAUAGCUAAAGAAGUAAGAGACAAGCAUGGGGAGGGUAACGCUUAUGGCAAUCUUGGCACUGCUUAUUUUAGUAUGGGUGAUUUCAAAAAAGCCAUAGAGUACCACAAUCUACAAAUUAAAAUAGCUAUAGAAGUAGGAGACAAAUGCUUGGAGGCAUUUGGCUACUAUUCAUUAGGAUGCGUUUUUGAGCUGCAAGGUGGACUACCAAAAGCCGUUGAACAUUACCAAGCUAGCAUAAACUUAUACAAUUCCUUGAGAGUACUUCUAAAAUCUAAAGAUGAGUGGAAAGUUAGUUUUCGAAAUCAGCAUCGAAUGCCGUAUACGGGUUUGUGGAGAGUUCUCGUAGAACAAGGUAAUGUAGAUGAAGCCUUAUUUGUUGCUGAGAAAGGACGAGCUCAAGCCCUGACCGACCUCAUGGAAUCCAGUUUUUUUGGUGGAACAAGUCAGCACAAGGGAGAAGAUGAAGAUAUCGCAGUUUUAAAAAACGUUCCAUCAAACACUGUCUUUCAGGCAGUGGACAAAGCUAACGUCAAUCUUUGGGUUGUGUCCGAAGGAAAACAAGUUCAGUUAAGACAAAGUAAACUUAAAGGUUUUGUUUCAGAGAAUAGUAGAUCUAGCCAGUCCUUUGAGUCGUUCAUGCUCGGUGUCUAUACACAACUUGGUGUUCGUUCUAAUGUGAGAUGCGAGAAUCGAUCUUUGGAUGCUUUGAGGGAGGGCUGUUCAAAAGUGGAUGAGACAACCAAAGAAGCCAACCCUCAACCUCACAUCCAACAAGAUGGAUGCUUGAGCAGUUUGUAUGAUAUCGUUAUGAAGCCGGUGGCUGACCUGAUUCAAGGGGAUGAGCUACUCAUUAUUCCUGAUGGACCCCUGUGGAUCGCUCCUUACGCUGCAUUGAAGGAUGGUAAUUCUAAAUACCUGUGUGAAUCGUUCACAAUCCGAGUCGCUCCAUCGUUAACAAGUCUUAGACUCAUUGCCGAUUGCCCAGAUGAUUAUCACAAAAGCAGUGGUGCGUUACUUGUGGGAGAUCCGUGGGUAUCCGAGGUUACUAACAGUGAGGGAUUGAAACCCCUCGAGCAGCUUCCGUGUGCUAAAGAAGAAGUAGAAAUGAUCGGAAAAAUUCUGAAUAUCACGCCAAUCACUGGCAGACAGGCCACGAAACGUGAGGUGUUGAAAAGACUCAGUUCCGUUUCCUUAGUUCACUUUGCGGCACACGGAUGUCCGGAAACUGGCGAAAUUGCCCUUACACCUGACCUAGAUCGAAUAUCUACUGUGCCUACGGAGAAGGAGGACUACAUUUUAACGAUUCGAGAUGUGUCGAAUGUUCAACUUCGCGCCAAACUUGUUGUGCUCAGUUGCUGCCACAGUGGUCGGGGCGAGAUCAAGGCUGAAGGUGUGGUUGGCAUUGCGCGCGCUUUUAUGGGGGCUGGUGCUCGGUCUGUUGUGGUGUCCCUGUGGGCGAUUGAUGACGAGGCUACUCUUGAGUUCAUGAAAUGCUUUUAUCAACACCUUGCAGAAGGUAAACCUACAAGCAAGUCACUGAACCUGGCCAUGAAAAGCCUCAGAGAAUCAGAUAAGUUCCGCGACAUCAAAUACUGGGCGCCCUUUAUGCUGAUUGGAGAUGACCUCACUUUUGACUUGAUGGCAAAGGAAAGAGAAAAUUUGGAUAGAAAAUCAAAUAAAUGA